AUGGACGCCGCCACAUCUCCGUCGACCCCACGGCCAUCGAGCCCCUCCGAUCCCGUCGAUCUGUCCGGGAGCCCCAGCGCCAUCGACACCUUCGUCCAGUGCCGUUGGAUCAAGUCAGGGAGCAGCACAGCAACGCCAGCGACCCGAUCCCCUUCUUCGGCCAUCGUGACGCCGUCGCCGCGAUUCCUCGCCAUCUGCGCUCCUAAGCUGUCAAUGAGCCUCCAUGCGCUCCUCAGUGAGCCCCAUGCCUUUCACCUCCGCCUCUCCUUCGGCCGCCACGGACGCCUCGAGUUCCCCCCUCACCUACCGCCACUCCCACUUCUCCCACUCGCCUGCCCUCCUCCCAGAUCCAUCCCCCGCUCACUUCCUCUCCCCCUCGUUCCCCAUCGACGACCGAGCGUGGACGCCGCCACAUCUCCGUCGACCCCGCGGCCACCGAGCCCCUCCGAUCCCGCCGAUCUGUCCGGGAGCCCUAGCGCCAUCGACACCUUCGUCCGGUGCCGUUGGAUCAAGUCGGGGAGCAGCACAGCAACGCCAGCGACCCGAUCCCCUUCUUCGGCCAUCGUGACGCCGUCGCCGCGAUUCCUCGCCAUCUGCGCUCCUAAGCUGUCAACGAGCCACCGUGCGCUCCUCGACCCCGAGACCGAUGCUGAUGCCCCUGUGAUCGACUACGUCGACGACGACCCCUCCUUGCCAGAGCAACCAGAUGUCAGAGCCCAGGAGCCAGAUGCCACCGCCGGUGCCUACUACUGCGUGGAGACCGUUGACAACCAGGAGUAGUUAGGAGGCUCCCAGGCAGGAGGCCUUGCCUUUUCGAUCGUAGAUGCUUUUGUGCUAGCCUUCUUAAGGCAAACUUGUCUAACUUAUGUCUGU